GGCGUUGCUGCCAAGAAGUUUGAAGGCUGAGCCAGCCUUGAGGCCGCUCAACAGUACGCAUGACCUCAAGAACAAGAUGGAAUACUCUAGUCACAGCUAUUCGCUUCCCGAUCAGCCAGCUACUACAUCACUCACUGUGGACCGAAUAUCUACAACGAACACUUCGUUGAGCGGAGUUUAAUCAAGCCUUUCACGUCUAUUGGCGCAAUCCGGCUGCCUUUGCAACUCUGUCUACCGAUUCUGAGCUGGAGAGGAGCGAGGACCUUGCAACCACUGGCAGCAUGACGUCAAGCAGCAAUGCAACUCUGUUCAACAAUUCAACCAUCUGCGAAACAAAAGCACUGUGGAUGGCUGGUGUGAAGCCGUCCUCCGCCCACGCUCUCUGCGACCUUUCAUACGUGCUGGCUCCUCUCACGAUCUUCUUGGGUUACGGAUUGAUGCGGAUAUGCCGCAACUUUGGCUCUGCUCACAUUAAAGAACAAUGGCGCACGAGUUGUUGGAUCUUCUUGGGCGUUGUCAGUGCUGGCGGUGCCGGUCUGUUCGCUUUGGCCUUCGUUUCCAUCGUCUUGGCAGUACAGCACAUAUACUAUUGCGAGCCGAACCCGCAGUGGAAGUACUACUCAAGUGACUGGGCUGUAGCCUCGGUGUUCAUACUCAGCAUGUACGCAAUCGCCGUCAUGCUUUGUCUGGUCGGCACUGUCUACAGCGCCUUGGGAUCUGGCCUUCGCAUCGCACGCUGGGUCAUGACAUGGAGACAACCGUGCCAGCAUUGGGUGCAGAGUCUACGUGCAUACAGCGCAGUACCAUCACCGUCUGCUAUCCCGAGCAGGCUUCCGAGCGGUACAGGUGGUCAUGAUGUGGAAGCUGGCAGAGCACCUGCAGCGCGCGUCACCAAGCAUCUGCCCAUCUAUGACCAGAUGAUGCGUCCGGAUUGGUGGGUAGAGGUUCCCCACGGUUCAGCAGACGAGGUUCAGCGGCCGCAAGUCGCCCUUCUUCAUUGCACAAAUAUAACCGCACCACCACCAUACGAGCCUUGAGCACGUGAAAGCACAGACCGGAUUGCAACGGUGACAAACCGACAGAGUACAGCGAAAGUGCGCAAUAUCUCAUUACGCUGUCAAUGGUAGCACUUCGAGUGCGGCGUACGAGCUUGUUGCCUUCCCUUACCACAAUGCAGUAAAAAUCUGCUCGUAAGCAUCACCUCCGAGGCUCCCUUGUAGGACUCUCUACGCGAAUCGAAGGGA